AUGUGCAUCCUACACCUGGAGAAUUCUGGGAUCAUGUUUCAUCCAUUAAAAAAGGAGACAGGUCUCCAAUGUUUCCCCUGCUAUGCGAAUUCUAUUUUAUCAGACAAAAACUUAGUAAAUAAAGACCAAUUACAUUCAAAUAAAAUUGACGAAUGUCAGCGAUGUAAAGUACUGACGGAUUCUUUUAAAAAAUGGCUAGAUGAAACAUCUCGAGGUAAACACGAAGGUGGUGACGCUGCCUGGGAGGAAGCGAAACUAAAAUCCUACGCUCGAAGCGAAAUGAGAUUAGUUGAAAUACAGGAACAAUUGUGUUCCGAAUUAAAAAGCCAUCAAGAUGAGUGUUAUGCUCUGUCAGAAGAAGCGGAAACACUCCUAGAACAGUGGUGGUUCCACGAACAUCAAUCCUCUUUAGACUUAUUCACUUGGUUGUGUAUAGAAAGCUUACAGUACUGUUGUCCUACAAACCACUAUGGUGAAUUGUGUAGUCCUUGUCCUCAUAAAAUUAAUAACAAAAUAUGUAAUGGAAACGGAAAAUGUAAUGGUGAUGGUACACGUAAGGGUGAUGGUAAAUGUAUCUGUAAAAAAGGAUUUACAGGAGCUGGUUGUGAUGAAUGUGCUGCAAAUUUUUACAAUAUAAGUGAAGAAUGUAAGCCUUGCCAUCGAGCAUGUGAUGGAUGUUAUGGUGAUCGAGAAGAUUCUUGUAUGAAAUGUGCUACAGGAUGGAGCAUGGAUUCGGGUGUAUGUGUUGAUGAUAAUGAAUGUUCAGAUUCAUCUAUUUGCAAUAGUAAUGAGUAUUGUAUAAAUAAAGUUGGGUCAUAUGAUUGUAAAUACUGUGAUAAAACAUGCCAAACUUGUGAGGGUCCCAGUGCCUCAAGUUGUACAUCUUGCUUUCCCAAUCAUGUUUUAUGGGUUGGUGAAUGUAUAAGUAAUGAAUUUUACAGACAGGUUUUAAUAAAUACUGUUAUACGAAUAGCUUCAUAUAUAAGCUUAGUGAUAUUAGCAAUAUUCAUUUUUAGAAAAACUAAAUUUUUAUCUGUUAUUAUUUUAAUAGCAUCAAUGGCAAUUGUUUACCUUGAAGAUACUUCUAAGAUUAAUUUAUUUAAAAUUAUCAAUACUUUUAUGCAAAAACAAAUUUAAUAAAACAAGUUCAAAAGGUGUAUUAAAAAUACAUUUUAUUGUGAAAGGUACAUAACUACAUUUUAGUAUCAAUUAUAUACAAAAAUUAAAUAAAAAUAACCAAAGUUUAAUUACAUUACAGCAUAUACCUGCCAAAAAUUCAUAAGUGUAAUACAAUACCAAUAUAGAAUAAGAAAAGUGACAGAAAAUUAAUACAAUUAUAUUGUGUACACAACCAUUCCUAUCUAAUGUCUUAUGUAAUUAAAUAUUUGUAAAUAAACAAUUUCAGUUCAAUUAUUUA